CACUCACAGACUUAUCCAAGACACACAGAGGGCAGGAGGUUUACUGAAAUGAAGUCAAGUAUUUAACUCAUACACCCAAGCCUGGUAUUCAAAACUGUCUGGUGAGAGAGGUAUACGAACAUUUGUUUGGAUUUGUCCAAAUUGGAUUUACCAGAGUCUCACGUUGCAGGAACACACCUCUUAACCGAGAGAUGGGAUUAACCACAGAGAAAAAUGUGUUAACAAGCUUGAGAAACUUCACUGGAAAUGAUGGUAUAAUGUCAAACUGCGCUAACGAGUUGUCUGAAACAAGCCCUAAUCUCCGCAUUUUCCUGCUGGUCUCUUUGUCUCUUGUUCUAAUAUUUAGCACAUUGUUUAAUUCUUUUGCCUUAUGGGUUUUCUGUUGCAAGAUGAAGAAAUGGACAGAAACAAGAGUGUUUAUGAUGAGUUUGCUGACUAGCGACUGCUGCCUACUCGUUGUGAUUCCUUUUCGAAUUUACUCUGUCUGGAAACCAUGGGAUCUGGGACCAAUAAUAUGCAAAAUCGCGCUCUCAUGCUAUUUUAUGAACACAUAUAUGGGUAUUUGCAUAAUUACCUUAAUUGCUGUGGACAGAUAUAUUGCUAUAAAGUUUCCUUUGAAAGCAAGAUCCUUGCGUUCUCCUAAGAAAGCUGUGUUGGCAUGUGGGAUUAUUUUGAUACUCUUGUUAGCAACAUGCCUCUACCUUGAACUUAAACCCAAUAGAAUUACUAAAGAACAACCAGUCUGUUUCCGCAAGCUUACCCGAAGCCCUUUAAGUAUAACCUUGUACUUUGCCAUUCUAGGGUUUUGCAUUCCAUUAGUUAUUCUUAUAUUUUGUUCAGUUGAAAUUAUUAAAAUCUUGAAGAAAAAGCCCAUACAUUCUACCCAAGAACUUAAAAGCAUACAGAAGACAAUUUACAUAGUGUUCGUUAACCUUGUCAUUUUCAUGGUUUGCUUUUUGCCCUUUGCUACUAUAAAUAUUGUAAGGUACAUUGUGGAAUCCUUGAGCUCGGAUUGCUCUUUAGUAAAACUUGUUAAUGAUUUUGCUAAUGGAACUCAAGCCAUCGCUAACAUAAACUGUUGCCUUGAUGCUGUUACUUAUUAUUUUGUAGCUGCUGAAUUCUGGGAAAAAGCAUCACUAUCUCCGAAAUUGAAUCUGCUACUGUACACUCAGACUCAGGACACAAGCCUUCAGGAUAAAUAGUUAUAUUAACAAUUUUUACACAAGUAGCGCUGUU